AUAUAACCGGCUGCUCUCUCUCCCUCUCUCACGCUCCGCGGCUCCUACAUCUCGCCCGCCCUCCUCGCCCCGCCGACCUCGCUCCCCCCCAUGGCCCCACCAACCUGGCUCACGUCGAUCGCGGCGCCCAUCGUCCUCGGCGCCGCGAUCAUCAGCGUGCCCCUCACGCGCUCGCAGCAGCCGCCAUUGGAGCGGUGGGGCGCCGACGCGCUGCCGGCGCAGGCGCAGGUGAUUGACCAGAAGGCGUUCAAUGCGCUCGCGCAGGUGCCGAGCCAGGACGCGUUUGACGGGAGUAGUCUCUUCUACCCCCCCGGUACAGACUCCGCGUCGCUCAAGGCCCGCCCGUUCCACGUCUACCACGACGACUUUUACGCCAUCAUCGGGUCGAACCCUACGCUGACGGUCGUCGCUGCGACGGACAAGGACCCCUUGUUCCACGAGGCGGUCGUGUGGUAUCCACCCACGGACGAGGUCUUCUUCGUGCAGAAUGCGGGCGCGAAGGCGGCCGGCACGGGCCUGAACAAGUCGGCCAUCAUCCAGAGGAUCUCGCUCGCGCAGGCGGACGCGGUCAAGGACCUCGCCAGCGCCGUCGGGCAGGUCGACGUCGUGACCGUCCCCUCUAGCCCGCAGGUGAUCAACCCCAACGGCGGGACGAACUGGCGCGGCCAGAUCAUCUUCUGCGGCGAGGGCCAGGGGCCUGCUGUGCCAUCGGCGCUGUACGCCAUGAACCCUGUGCCGCCGUACAACACUACCGUGCUGGUCAACAACUUCUUCGGGCGCCAGUUCAGCAGUUUGAACGACGUCGCGGUGCACCCUUCUAACGGCUGGAUCUACUUUACCGACGUCGACUACGGGUUCUUGCAAGACUUCCGCUCAAAGGUCAACAUCCGCCGACAGGUGUACCGCUGGAACCCGGACACGGGCGUCAUCCAGGCCGUCGCCGACUACACUCUGCGUCCUAACGGCCUCACGUUCUCCCCGGAUGGCAAGUGGCUCUACGUGACCGACACUGGCGCCGCCCAGGGCUUCACCGGCGUCGACUGGUCCGCGCCAGCGAGCAUAUACCGCCUGCCGGUCAACGACGACGGCACGCUCGGACCCAACGAGCUCUUCACGUACGUGCACGUCGGUGUGCCCGAUGGCGUCCACUGCGACACCAAGGGCAACGUCUACUCUGGCGUCGGGGACGGCCUGCACGUCUGGAACCCAGCCGGCACGCUCAUCGGCAAGAUCUACACGGGCGACGUGGCGGCCAACUUCCAGUUCGCAGGCAAGGGCCGUAUUGUCAUUUGCGGCGAGACGGAGCUGUUCUACGGCACGCUCGCUGCCGAGGGCGCGCAUAUUACUGAUCUGUAGUGAUGUGUGCUGCUCUGCAUAUCUUGAUGAGGGGGCGAGGGCGUACUGGUGGUGAUGGCCGGGGUGCUCGGCAUUGUGGGCCGCCCGUCGAGAUAAGUGGCUGCUUGGCCUGGUCUCGGGUUCGGCCGAUGCCCCCGCGUGGACUGAUGGGCCUCGCUGUGAAAUAGCUGGAUUAGGAAAG